UGGAAACAUGGCGGAUAGAGUGACUUGGGUUUGUUGCUUACUUGUCAUCUGUUUUGUGAGUUCCUUGGCAGAGGAAGCUGAAAAUUUAUCAGGGAAUGACUCAGUUGAAGAUGAAAAAAUGGUUGACGAAAACAGCGUUUCAGGAGGAGAAAAUGACACCAUCUUGGAAAUAUUCAAUAUAAAUGAAACAUCAAGCAAAACGGAGGUUAUAGCUGCAAAUGAAACGGAGUUAAAUGAAAGUCUGCCUCAAACUGAAAAUACCACGGAACAUAACAUUGAAGUCGUCAACUCUACAACCACUCCAAAAUGGUUUUGUAAGGGAAGGAACAAUUCACAAAAUAAUGACUCCCUACCACAGAGUGUGGCCAUAGUUGAUGCAGAGGAGUUGCUCAAGAUAAUUAAUUCGACGUCAGAUAAUAAUACUGAUGCUUGUGCAGUUGUUUUGUUUUUCACCCAGUAUUGUCCAUUUAGUGCAAAACUUGCCCCGAUGUAUAACGCUCUGGGACGAGUUUACAACAAUUUACCCAUUCUAGCUGUGGAUGCUUACAAACAACACAGUCUGAAUACUCGUUUUGGAGUGGUUGCUGUUCCCACCAUCUUGUUGUUUCACUCUGGAAAACCUGUGUUGAAAUUCAAUAAUUCAAUAACCCUGGAUGAUCUUAGAAUGUUUGUCAAGAACAACACUGGUAUUGAGGGCAACUUCAGUGUGGAGAUCUCAGAGGAAGAUUACAUUGGUCCAGUGAUAAACAAACCAACUGAAGAAACAGACUACUAUUUAAUAUUCUCGUCUCUGUUCCUUUUGAUGUUUGGUGCAUUUAUGUUUGCCAAGUCAAGCUAUCAGGAAUUGCUUUGGGACAGAAUACAAGCAAUUCCUUGGCGGAGAUUUGUUCAGUGGUUUAGAAGAGAUAAACAAGACUAGGGAAAAUUUCUGUUUGUCAGGCAGGCCAGGUGAACAUGUCAGCUGUGUGUAGGUAGGAACAUGUCAGUUUUAAGAUUGGACAGUACCAGUCAUGGUCAAACUAAUCCAAUCUUUUGAGAAAGGCUAGUCACUUUUCAUGCCUGUGCACAAAAUACUUGCUUGCCCAGUACUGGAAAGCCCAGUACUGGAAAUGGUGGUGCAAAUGGAAUUUUCUAUUGUUCUGGUAUUGAAAAUGCAAGAGAGCACAACUCCCAUGCCUUUACACACAAUGAAUGGAAUUCUUAAUUCCAUCUAGUCUAACACUUUAAAUAACCAGAUCAUUCCAUUUUGACCAGAUCUGAUCAAUAGGAAGUGCCAUGGCAAACAAGCAAUUGAAUUCAAAAUAACACACAUUUAUUUAUUUCAAUCCUUUGAGGAUAUCAUAAUCUCCUUUGCAAUUUUUGUUCAGUGUGAUGACACAACAUUUGCUCUUCUCAUUGGCCAAAGUUGUGUUUUGUGACCAAACAAAGGCUGCAAAGGAGACCAAGGAUUUUACUGGUAGAAAAUUAUGGUACAUUUAAGACCUAAUUGGACUGAAGUGAAAGUGAAAUGGAUGGGAAAAUCAGGAAAGCAAAAUAUUUUUUACAGAAGAGGAAUAAGAUAAUUUCUUGAGAGGAAAUAUAAACUACAUUUGAAUUUUUGGCUCUAUUACUGUCUUGCCAAACUGAAAAUUUGCUAUUUUUCAUUUGUAAUAAAUACGUUUCUUUCUUGAUUCUGAUUUCUAUAUGAUUGUCUGGAUCAUCUUGACCAGGACAAGUAAAUGGAAACCAGGCCAAAGUAUAAUGCCAAAACAAGUUCUGGUGACAGGAUAGUUGUCAAUAAUGUGCAUACUGUUGUCAUAAUUUUGUUAAAUUAUUAAUAGUUUCCAUAAUUAUUUAUUGGCUAAGAUAACAAGGUAAUGAAUAUUUGGGGUUUGUUAGCAAUAUAUUGAUGAAAAAUAACAUGAGUGUAUAGACUUUUUCUAAUCUUCAUUUGCCUGAGGUGUAUUUAUGGGUGGUUUAAGGUUCAGAGAAAUGCUAUAGUAAAAUGAAUGUCACAUAUUUAGUGGUUCUGAGUUCCUCUUAAGAGAAAGGUUGAUCAAAUUCGUAGAAAAAUGUAUUCUGAAAGAAUCUUACAACAGACAAAUAAACAACACAUUCUUUUAUGUGCUCAAGAAUAGGUGAGAAAAAACUAAUUGAGAUUUUAUUAACAGUUUUAAUAGUUACCAUAUUUAGAAGAUGAGCAGGCACACAGUAUCCAUAAGAACUCAAAAGACAAAUAAUUAACUUGUCAGUUUUAAAAGAUCCUUCCUUUUUGACAAGUGACAGAAAUGCAACCACAAGUUUCAAUUGUUCUCUAAAAUAUUUGAAGUUGUUACAACUGACAACCUCAUCAAGUAUCUGGCCUAUUUGGUAUAACAAAGAAAGGAAAUUUAAUUUACAGUGUUACGAUCAAUUAUUCUUUAUGUAACUGCUCACACUUUAAAAUUAAAAUAUACCCU